GUCACCUGACAUUGAUGCCAUGGCGGGCGCGUGCUAUGAGAACGCUAUGAGAAGUGUGCAGCGCGUAGAGACGCUGUAAGGGUUAACGGUGGUUUGGUCAGCAGCACACAGAAUGACCGCAGAGUGAUGUCCGAGCUCGCAGAGUAACCUGGAGAUGGAGUGUCACGGUGGCCGUGCCGCAGAGAGAGCGCAGCCGCGCGCCGGAAACCCGCUCGAGCCGUCGCGCGCCGCGAACACGCCGAGCCAAGAUGGCGAACCGAGGUCCGACUGCGAGGAAGAAUCGGCGGCGGAAUUUCGCGAGCCGCCGAGAGCCAAAGCUUCUGACGCGAAACGCGGUUCCUCUUUUGUGACUAGCCGAUUAGCCGAGGAACCGCCGAGGCUCAACUUUCAGAUACCGAGGAGGAACAAAGAAAAGAGAGCUCUGUUCCAGUACUUGUCCUCGGAGUCCAGAGAGUUUGCGGAAAUCCUCAACAUAAUCACCUCCAGCUACAAGGAUCCUGCCUCAAAAGCGAACUUCGUCUACUCCAAACCUCGCCUCAUCCACAACGAGCCCCUGGAGAAAGACUUCAUGGAGAAGAGAAAGGAGCUGAAGCAGGAUGGACGCACCGACAAAGAACUGGCCGAGUCUUUUUGUUUCCUGCUUUCUGACAAGGUCCCUCUAGCUUGUGAAAAAGGCUUAUCGGUUGGCAACAGCUGGAUGAGCCUUUUGGGAAAUUCCACUAAAGGCGUUUACUUGUGUCAGUUCUCCGACUUGCUACAAAGCAGCCCUUCUGAGCCUGGCUUCACUGGAGAGAUCAUCAUCUUUAAAGUGAUAAAGGGUAAAGUGAAGAGCAUACACGACAACAUGCUAAGAGGAUUCGAUCCCACACCCAAAUUUGACAGCCAUUUCUCCAAGAACGCCAACAGAGUGACCUCCCUGACGUCUUACAAGGCAUUUGAGUAUACCCAGCAAUAUUUCUACGAGUAUGUGGACUCUGAGCUUGCAUCCAGACCCAGGCAUGUGUGUCCAUAUGCUGUGGUUUCUUUUCAGUACAAAGCCAAAGAGGCUAUAACAGCAGGCCCCAAAACCUCGCCUCUGCAGAGGUCCAACAGCCUGCCCUCAGGAACAGAAAGUCAUGGCUACACUGUCUGGGACGGAUACUUUGUGAACAGAGGAAAGAAAGUGUAUCAAGCAAGCAUUCAUUCUGUUUCUCAUCCCUUUCUGCCAUUCAGGAUACCAGACAGGCUUGAGCUGGGUAAAGUCAUGAGGCUGGACCAAGUACAGGAGUUAAUUCCAUCUACACUUUUCUCCUGGGAUCUUUACUCCGGCAGCCAUGAAGUGUUCAAGAGUGGAAUGUACGGUAGUCUGUUUGAGGUGGUGAUGGAGAAAAACAAAUCUGGAGAAGGCCUGGCUGAGUUGUUUCAGGAACUUGAAAAAAAGGGAUUGGUAUUGAUGAAUAUGAUGAACGACAAAGGUUUCCUGUUCCUCCUGUCUUCAGGCCAAUUGUCCGGCUCCAACAAGCGCAGAGCAGGUUGGAAGGCAACAUCUCAAGCUCUUUUCAUCUAUCAGAAUACACGGGAUGUGUCCAAAGUCUCAUCUGAACACCAUACUCCUCGCAUGCCCUUGACCCCGGUACCCCAGGACCCUGUAAUGCCACGGCUGAACAGCUUCAUCCCAGCGUACCACUACGCUCUGAGCAAAGUGCGCUGUAACCCACCUGCCAACCUGAGUGCCGGAGUUGAGCAGCAAGCCCACGAAUACCUCAACAGUCUCCACGAAUCCAAACCCAUCCAGCGAGUCCGAAUGGACUACGACAUCAAACUGGACGACAGGGAGAAGCUCUUUCCUGCUCCGAGGCAGAGAUUCAACUGGGAAGGCUACAUUCAUUCCUACUUGUACAACUCCGGUGUGUACACGAUGCCUGUUGUAAACGCCAAGAAAAUGGUAGAGAUGUUCAGGUGUGUUCCAGAGUUUAGACCCGACCCAGAGACCACGGACGCUAGCGAGGCUCACGGUGACCCAGAGGGAAUGACGGAGCUUUUAAAAAACCUCCUUGAGGUGAAUAAAAGGAAGGAAGCCAAACAGAAAACGCUCCUGGAUGCACACGGUUUAAAGAGGAAGUUGGAGGAAGAAGAGCAGAACUCAAGUGCAAAGUGUUCGAGGAUGGCCACGCCCAGCAAUGGGGAAGGUGAUGAAGGUCAAGCUGAGAAGUCCUGUCAAUCUCUGGCUGAUGUGCUGACCAACAUUGGACUUCAAGACACAGACCUCAGGAAGGAUAAGACUCAGGGCCCACUGAAGGUUAUGGAGUUACUGGACAGGCUCACCAAAACCACUCAGGACACAGACUUGAGGAAGGACAACACUCAGGUAGAGCUGGUUAGCAAGGUGCUGGACAAUAUAACCAAAAGUUUACGCAGCUCACUUUUGCCUAACGUCGAUGGAGACCUGGAAAAGAGCCCUGAAGACGCCGAAAAGACUCUAAAGGACAGCAUGACCAGCCUGGGACUCCCUACUAACCGAGACACUGAUCUUCGGAAACGAUUCACGGAUAAUGACGAUCAAGAAGCACAAGGAAGAAAUGAUCUUGAGGAAGAGACGGCUGGCAGCUUGAGUAGCCUGGAGGCUUUCAGUCCCUGCUCCGACAGUAACGGACAACAGCGCAGUGACAACCUACCUGGAGAAAGAUCAAUCCCCUGGGUGCUUAUUCCCAUAACAGGUCUGAAGACUGAGAGAUACAGCCACAGAAGAGACAGAAAUCUUGAGGAUCCCCGAUUCAUUCAAAGCCCCACCGUGUCGACUCACACCAGUCCGGAGAAACAGGAUGUCGUGCCUUCUGAUCAGCCUGACAGCAGUAACGUGGAGCCUGAAUCCGAGACCGACCCUGCCGAGGACCGGGACAUGGACGAGCCGAAAGAUUCCGAUCAUCAGGAGCAGGAAGGGACCCAGUACAGCGGCGUCGACUGCAUAGUCGACGAGCAAAUCUCCGGCUUCUCCGCUGAGGUGGAGGAUCUUUUACGAGAGGAACGUGUGUACUACAUUCCCUUUUCUAGCUCUCAAUCCCAGAGAAAUCCGCCACAGUCUACCAUGGUACCCUUCUCUGAGUACGUCUCGCAUUUUAACACGCCGAUUCCCGUGCACAGCUACGUCAAAUCGUUCAGAGAUUCCGUAAACGCUUUCUUAGAUCCCCGGAGAAAUAGGCAGGAUAGCGGGACACUCGUUUCUUCCUCAGUUCCUGCACCUGCUCACUCUGUCAGCUCUGCAGCUGCUGUGUUUACCUUUAAUUCCUCGACCCUCAGAGAGGACCACCAGCAACAUUUGCACAAUACGCAAAUGAUAAAUGGGUCAACGCAGGCAGAGCAGAGCACAGGGAUGGGUGAACAUAAUCAAGGCAAGACUUCAAACUCAUCCAUUAGUAGCUGGGGGAUCUCAGACGCAGGGGAAAGCAUGGCUAACAGCAGAGCAGCAAACAACGACACAGCUACGCCUAUAGAACCAGCUCCAGCUGCCUUCAGCAACGUCAUCAGUCAACUACAACCCGAGGUGAUCAACAACCUAAUGAAGAUCGUGAGGGAUGUGCAAAAGAACACCGUCCACUUCUUCAUCCAUUGUGUGGAUGAGGAGAGUGAUGUGUGCUGGGAAAUCAAGGACUAUUUAACAAGGCUCGGCAACCCAGAGUGCGACCCUCAGGCCUUUCUGGAGAAAAAGGACAGUCAAGACAAACUCCUGAUAGUCAUCCAAAAUAUUGACAUCGCCGCCCACAUCCAUAAGAUUCCUGCAUUAGUGUCUCUAAAAAAGCUGCGAUCGGUGAGCUUUGCUGGAGUAGACAGUCUCUCUGACAUCAGGAAUCACACCUACAAUGAGCUGUUCGUUUCCGGCGGCUUCAUCGUCUCUGACGAAUUCGUCCUUAAUCCUGACUUCAUCGCCCUGGAGAGACUUCAGGCUCUGCUUCACUAUCUCGAGGAGCUCAACACACCCGAGAGUCCAUGGAGAUGGCGGGUGCAUUGUAAAACGCACAAAAAGGUCAAAGAGCAAAGCAGGUCUAAAACCGAAGCCCUGAACGUACUGGACCUCCUCACGACCUACCACAAGAAACAAAUAGUAGAGUUCCUGCCAUAUCACGAGUGCGAUGCUCCGUCACACCAAGCACCUGACCUGGAGUGUCUGGUGAAGCUUCAGGCUCAGAACACCCGACAGCGCCACGUAAUCUAUCUCACAGAGCGUCGCUUCGAGAUGUUUCCACGUUAUUCUAACAGCGGUAUCGUUAUUGCGAACAUCGACGACAUCCUGUAUAGUAUGGCAAGUCUGAUCGGCGAAGCAGGUGACAAACCAGCAUCUUCAGACCCGCAUUCCUGUCCCACAUCCCCAAUAUUGAAGGAAGAGGACAUGGGACCAUGCUCUGAAAUUCACACCGUAGACAGGAUGUCUGCCCAUGACGAAAGACCCUCUGUCUGUACAGACGUGCAUCCUUGUCCACUGACUGAUCCAGACCCUGGUGUAUCUGACCGUACAGUAAGAGACAAAGCAACGAUAGUUGCUUUACCCUCACCCACCCCUGGGAUUCCGAGGGAGUCCGAUUUUAAAGCUCUGAGAGAUGUAAUUUCCCACUUCAGAAAUGCCCGAAUGCAAGCAAAUUCCCGCACAGGCCAGUCAUCACCAGGAUCUUUUGGUGCCAAUCCUAAUCACAGCUUCCUAGGACAGAGCGACAGGCCUUCAUCUGUUCCUUCGGAUGAUGACACUCGUUCAAACCAGGCACUGAGUCAGAUGGAGGAAGUCAGGCAAAGAGAACACAUUCAUGCAGAAACUCUGUCCGCUUCAGAAAGUGUCACCGAGUUACAAGAUCAGUUUGGUUCUGGACCGCAGGCUGGCAUGGCUGAGACAGAGACUGUAGUCAUGGAGACCACCGCUAAUUCACGUGACACAGAAACUACCUGGAAUUGCAUGACUGACACCGACAUCGCUGCUGAAACCCCAGUAAUCCCGAACAUCACUGGUACUGAGAGUGGAGCGAAUCAGGAGAAGGAGGCAUCAGAACAGGGAACUACAAAAAAUCCGGUGUCCACUAAGAGCUCAUCUAGAAUCAAGUCUUCGGACAACACUCAGACUAGCAGGAGCUACAGCAGCCGAGGGGGUAAACGUCCAGCGUCUGGGCGUUCACCUUACGGCAUGAAUACUUUAGUCACAAUGGACAGGAUGCUGCAAAACAGCACUUUGUGGCCAGGUGCUCAAGCUUCUCAGAACAGCGCAAUGGGAUUCAGAUCCCAGCUACUGAACAGCUCAGUGGCCAACACAUUCACACAUUCAGGCUUAAGAAGCCUUUUACCUAGCAGUAGCAUGGCCUGGAACAAUUAUACUCAAGGGACAGCCACAAACAUGUGGGGAAUUCAGCCAGGUGUGGGACUCGGACAAGUUCACGGGACUCCGUUUAUCCAGAGCUAUGCCUGGCAUGGGAAUCCCGCAUUUCAAGGCAACGGACAUCCUCCUAGAGGGGGCUAUGGCGGCUGGUGAGCCAGCGAUGCCUGUAAAUAGUUAUGUUUUGAAACCUUUUUAUGUUCUCUGACGGAAAAAGUGAAAUACCAUUCACUACUGGAUGUGCAAGUCCCUGUUUCACUUCACAAUUUGUAAAGACCACUAUAUUUGUAUUUAAAGAUUUUGUUGAAUUGUCUGGUUUAUGUUUCUUUUUGGAAAACACUACAGGCAAUUAUGGCCUUGGUUUUAAUGUUAAUCUUUUUUAAGCUAUAAAAGAAAUGCAUUAAAGCAACUGUAGCAGCUU